CGGUGUUAACGUAACUUAUUUAGUUCAAUCAAUUAAAGUAUUUUCAAUGAAAUUUUUACUCUAAAUAAGUUUAACAGUUACAUUUAAAACUGUUUUUCAUAGUUAAGUGAAACAACAACACAAAUGUGCCGGAACUCCGUGUUUUAGUAACACAAAAUCAGGCGUUUCCAUGGGCGUUAACUUCAGGCCGCUAACAAAAUCUGAAUUAUGAAUCUCAUAUCAAUAUACAUAUCAUUACUGAUAUUACAAUGCUACGGCCAAGAUUACAAUCCCACUUAUGACCCGAGCCAGCCGAGCCCAACCAAUGACUACUUUAACACAAAUCCAAAUGACCCAAGAGACGACAAGCGAUAUGAAAAUCCUUAUGACUCUCGGAACCCAAAUCAGUACAAUAAUCCGUAUGACACCAGAAAUCGGUACCCAGAUCGGUACAAUCAGUUUGAUAACAGAAAUGAUCUAAAUUACAAUCAGAAUAGGAAUGAUCUGAAUUUUCCGCAAGAUGUGACUCCGAGAGCACCGUGGGACUCACAGAGGUCUUAUAGUAGUUCUGGUGCUAAUGUGGAAUUGGAAGGACUUGUUGUGAGAGAAGCCACCUACUUCAUAGUCGCCUCCCGCAUGGUCCGACCGGGGCAGAUCUACAAGAUCUCCGCGAACAUCCUGCGCGCGCGCAUGCAGAUGACGGUGCGCGCGUCCAUCUCGCGCGAUGGCGUCGAGAUGACCGACGUCAGCAUGAGAGUGAAGGAAGGGGUGCCCGAGAUACUUAAUUUGAGGGUCCCAGCGACAGCAGUUCCUGGCGACUACAAGCUCCGAAUCGAAGGCCUAUACCUGGACAACCCGUUCGGCGGGCGCGCCUUUGUCAACGAGACCGCUCUGUCGUUCUCUCGCCGCUUCAUGACCAUCUUUAUUCAGCUGGACAAACCGGUCUACAUGCAGGGACAGACUGUGCGUUUCCGCGCGAUCCCCAUCUCCACGGAGCUGAAGGCAUUCGGGCGCGCCAUCGACGUUUUCAUCCUCGACCCCAACGGCCGGAUCAUGAAACGGUGGCUUUCGAGACAGAGUAACUUCGGUACAGUGAGUUUGCACUACCAACUCUCAGACCAACCUCUAUUUGGCGAGUGGACCAUCCGAGUAGAAGCGCUAGGGCAGACGGAGGAAGCUCAGUUCUUGGUCGAAGAGUACUAUCAGACCAGGUUUGAGGUGAACGUGACUAUGCCUGCGUUCUUUUUCAACACCGAGCAAUAUAUCCAUGGACGUAUCAUGGCCAACUACACCUCCGGAGCUCCCGUUAGAGGCAACCUUACCCUCAAGGCGACCGUCAGACCCAUACCGCAGUACCGCCCGCGGUACUAUAGGGAGGGUCAGUUCAAUAAUAGGGGACAGUUCGGAGUGCCACCUGUGGGGUACAACAAUAAUCAAUAUUCAAGAGUCCGUCCUAACUUCAACCCAUACCUAUACAACGAGAGCUACCAGCAAUUCGAGUACGGGUUCCCGGACGAAUACGCCAGACCAGAUCAUCGACAUCUGCCAGGGCAACCCAACCAGAUAGACCAGCCUGAUUGGUGGUACGACCCGCAGAAGGUCUACACAAGGAUGUUCAAUUUUGAUGAAAAAUACCCAUUUUGGAUGGAGAAACCGCAUCUAUACGACAACCAAUACGGCUCCGAUUAUGGCAGCCAGUACAACACGUACAACACACAGAACAACAUCAACACGCAGUACAACAACUACUACAACAAUCCAUCAUAUUACGAUAAAUUGCCGUACUUGAGAUAUUUCAACGGCACAUUCGAUUUCAAAUACCCAAUGUCGGAGCUAGCCCAGCUGGUCCCCACUCUGGACGGGGUCGAGGUCAUCAUCACAGCGUCCGUCGGAGACCCGUUCCUGGAUGACGUCAUCGAAGGCUACAGCAUCGCGAGGAUCUUCAACUCGUCGCUGGCUGUCACGUUCCUUGGCGGGACACCUCAGGUGUUCAAGCCGCACAUGCCUUUUGAUGUCUACAUGGUCGUAUCUUAUCACGAUGGAUCACCGCUACCGCGCUGGCAGGCGGUCGGCGUAUCACUCACAGUACACAUCACAGUUGAGGGUCGCGGCGGCGGCGUCGAACCCCAGUACCCCACGCUAGUACCCGGCCACGACGCAGUAUGGCGGCUCAAAGUCGACCUGUAUAAACUACUCAAACUCCAAAACGACCCGAACUACCGCGACGUGCUUAACGGCGUGACCGGCGUGCGGCUGAGCGCGGCACUGAGCGACGGCGGCGGCGCGCGCGCAUCCGCCGACCUGCACAUGGUCGCGCACUACAGCCCCAAGCACCAGCACAUACGCAUAUCCACCAGCACCACUGACGCCAGGGUGGGCGAAUACAUAAUAUUCCACGUGCAGAGCAACUUCUACAUAGAAUCGUUCAACUACGUCGUUAUGUCCAAAGGCAUCAUUCUCACCAGUGGACAAGAAAAUAUGGAGGACGGCGUACGAACGUUCGCGGUGACUUUAUCAGCGGAGAUGGCUCCCGUGGCCACCAUCGUGGCGUGGUGCGUCGAGCGCCACGGACGCGUGCUCGCCGACUCGCUCACCUUCCCCGUCAACGGCAUCUCCAGGAACAAGUUCUCAGUGUCGAUUAACAAUCGCAAACAUCGCACGGGCGAGCGAGUGGAGGUGGCUAUAUAUGGCGAGCCCGGAGCGUAUGUCGGUCUGUCUGGCAUCGACAACGCCUUCUACACCAUGCAGGCUGGCAACGAACUCACUUACGCUAAGGUUAUAUCUCAAAUGUCCCACUUUGACGAGGCGUCCAAUGGUACAUUCGCGUACACGUGGCGUUCUCACAUCGGCGUCGCGGACCAGCUGGUCUACUUCCCCUCAUCUACUUUCGGAAUCGACGCGAACACUACCUUCGAGUUCGCCGGUCUAGUGGUGUUCAGCGACGUGCCGGUGACCCAACGUCCAAACACUUGCAACGCGUCGCUGGGGCUCGGCACCUGCCUCGAGGGCGGCUGCUACCAGCUCAGCAAGCGCUGCGACGGCGUUUACGACUGCGCCGACCACACCGAUGAGGCCAACUGCCACCAGGACAACAGCUUCGAGCUGUCCCACUUCCGCAAGUUCCGUUUCAACCGCGUGCAGCGGCAGUACGACAACGUGUGGCUGUGGCGCGACGUGAACAUCGGGCCGCACGGCCGCUACGUGUUCACGGCGGCCGUGCCGCGCGCGCCCGCGCACUGGACCGUGUCCGCCGUCAGCAUGUCGCCCACCAGCGGGCUCGGCAUGCUGAAUGAACCCGAACAUUACGUGGGAGUGCUGCCAUUCUUCAUACAAGUGGAAGGCCCGGACCGUUGUCGCCAGGGCGAACAAGUUGGUCUGCGCGUGGUCGUGUUCAACUACCAGCCGCAGGCAGUCGAGGCGGUUGUCGUUCUGUCUGCUUCGCCUGACUACAAGUUUGUGCAUGUCGAGGAGAAUGGCAUCGUCCGCUCAUACAACCCGCGCACAUCGUUCGGCGAGCACCAGUUCUUCGUGUACAUCGCGGCCGGUGACGCGGCCACCGUGCACGUGCCCGUCGUGCCCACCCGCCUCGGCGACGUGCACGUGCACCUGCACGCCUCCACGCUGCAGGGGCAGCAUAAAUACACUAAGAAGAUUACUGUCGAGGCUGACGGCCUUCCACAACACCGGCACCAAUCAGUCCUCCUCGACCUAUCCAACCGCGCCUACGUCUUCCAAUACAUGCACGUCAACGUCACCGAAACACCCAUCAUCCCAUACGAGGUCGACCGCUACUACGUGUUCGGCUCCAACCGGGCCAGGGUCUCUGUUGUUGGAGACGUGGUUGGUCCCCUGUUCCCUACGAUGCCCAUCAAUGCUACGUCUCUAUUGAGGUUACCUAUGGAUUCAGCCGAACAGAACAUGUUCAGCUUCGCCGCCAACAUGUACUUCACACUGUACAUGCGUCUCAUCAACCAACGCAACCGGACCUUGGAGAAGGACGCGUUCUACCACAUGAACAUCCUUUACCAACGCCAGUUGUCCUUCAUGAAGCCAGACGGGAGUUUCAGCUUGUUCCGAAGUGACUGGAACCAAUCAGCUUCGAGCGUGUGGCUGACUUCGUUCUGCGCCAAGAUCUUCCAGGACGCCUCCUUCAACGAGUGGGAGAACUUCAUCUACAUCGACCCGGAUGUAAUCUCGCAGGCGGUAUCCUGGGUGCUCGAGCACCAGACCCCGGCCGGCGCGUUUUAUGAGGUCACGUGGAUGCCGGACCGCAACCAGAACUCCACCAUCGACGUGCCCAAGGACAACCCGAAGAUACGGGAGAUGGUGGGCAUUGGAGGGGUCAGGGACGUGUUCGGGUCUACUGCAACUGAGAUAAACAACACAAUAAUACUACAACGGAACAUCACGUUGACUGCUCAAGUAGUCAUCACUCUCGAAACCGUCAAGAACCUCAAGGACAUUGGUGUCAGAGAGGGUCUCUCGGCCCGCGUGUCGCAGGCGCAGCAGCGCGCCGUGUCGUGGCUGGAGCAGCACCUGAAGCUGCUGCAGGAGUUCGGCGACCCCUACUCCAUGGCCGUGGUGGCCUACGCGCUCACCGUGGCCAAGGCCUCCAGCUCCGAGCACGCCUACAAGCUGCUCAGGGCCUUCCAGCGAGCUGAAGGUGGACUAGUAUACUGGGGCAAAGAGCGCGUCCCGCAGCCCCCCUUCAAGAUGGAGAACCAGAAGCCGUUCUUCCUGCCGCGGCUGCCGUACAAAUACGACUCGUACAACAUCGCGGCCACCGCGUACGCGCUGCUCGCGUGUAUGGACCACCAGGACGACAACGAGGCUAUCGUCAUGUGGCUCAACUCUAUGAGGCUUACGGACGGGGGCUGGGCUUCCACUCAGGACACGUACGUGGCCCUGCGCGCGCUGAUCGAGUAUACCAACCGCAAGCGGCUGCGCGACGUGUCCGCGCUCACCGUCACCGUGGAGGCCGUGGCGCUCCAGGGCGCCUCGCGGGUGCUCCACGUCGAGAACAACAACCUCGCCGUCAUGCAGUACAUCGACAUCCCAGAAGCCUGGGGAACAGUGAAGGUGGCGGCCCGAGGCGCCGGCUACGCGAUCCUGCAGAUGUCCGUCACGUACAACGUGGACAUCCCCCGCUUCCAAACCGACCCGCCCGCGAGGGCCUUCUCGCUAGUGGCGCACGCGCACUUCUACGGGCGGAACCAGUCGCACAUCGAGUACCAGGCCUGUGCUAGCUGGACGUACCUAGAAGAGUCCCCCCGCUCCGGCAUGGCGGUGCUGGACGUGGCUAUCCCGACCGGCUACAUGAUCCAGCAGCAGCGGCUGGACGCGUACGUGCUGUCCCGACGGGUGGCCUUGCUCCAGCGAGCCAAGUAUCUGCCCACACAGCUGCUAUUCUACUUCGACUACUUGGACUCUGAGAUGACGUGUGUAAACUUCACGAUCGAGCGCUGGUUCCCGGUUGCCAAUAUGUCUCGCUUCCUGCCUAUUCGAGUCUACGACUACUACGCGCCCGAGCGCUAUAACGAGACAAUCUUCGACGCGUUACCCACGUACCUGCUCAACAUUUGCGAAGUAUGCGGCUCCUCGCAGUGCCCAUACUGCUCCAUAUAUAACGCUGCGACGCGACCCGCCGCCGCAGUCACACUACUGCUCGCUCUCUUUACUGUGGCCAGACACAUACGGGGCAUUGGCACGUAACACGUAUAGGAAAUAUAGGUACUUGCACCAUCA